UGUGACUGUCUCUCUCUCUCAAUGCAAAGCCACAAGCCACUGCCAUCAUCACGUUGAUCCCUCACUAUAAAUUAUCUUUUGUUCCCUUAAGAAUUCAAUGGCGACACUCAAACCCACGAAAAUGCUGGCUUUGGGUCUUCUGAUCUUGGGUUUGUUGUCAGUGACAGUGCCGGUGUCGGUGGUGUAUUGUGCUGCUCUUCUCCCUCUGGAGAGGGCGUUCCCUUUGGACCGGCCGGUCGAACUGGAAGAACUCAUUGCUCGCGAUGGAGUCAGGCACUCGCGGCUCUUGCAACGUGUGGCUGGCGGCGUCGUCGACUUCUCUGUCCAAGGUUCCUCUGAUCCCUUCAUCGUCGGGCUUUAUUUUACAAAAGUGAAACUGGGCACUCCUCCUAGAGAAUUUAAUGUGCAGAUAGACACUGGAAGUGAUAUUCUAUGGGUAACCUGCAGUUCAUGCAGUAAUUGCCCCCAAUCUAGUGGCCUUGCGAUUGAACUCAGUUUCUUUGACACUGCUAGCUCAUCGACUGCCAGGCUAGUCCCAUGUUCAGAUGCAGCAUGUUCUCCAGCUGUUCAAACCACUGCAACUCAAUGCUCUCAGAGUAACCAGUGCACUUACUCUUUCCAGUAUGGAGAUGGAAGUGGGACAUCUGGUUAUUAUGUGAAUGAUAUGGUGUAUUUUGAUACCAUCCUGGGGGAGUCUUUGGUUGCAAACUCUUCAGCUGUUGUUGUGUUUGGGUGUAGCUCAUAUCAGUCUGGUGAUUUGACUAAGACUGAUAAAGCAGUAGAUGGAAUAUUUGGAUUUGGCCAGGGAGAUCUAUCUGUCAUAUCACAGUUGUCAUCAAGGCGUAUAACGCCUAGAGUUUUCUCUCAUUGCCUAAAAGGAGAUGGUAGUGGAGGGGGUAUUUUGGUCCUUGGUGAGAUUUUGGAGCCAGGCAUAGUUUAUAGUCCACUUGUCCCAUCACAGCCUCAUUAUAAUGUAAAUCUUCUUAGCAUUGCUGUCAAUGAACAAAUUUUGCAAAUUGAUCCAGCAGUAUUUGCAACAUCAACUAACCAGGGUACUAUCAUUGACUCUGGAACAACGUUGGCAUACCUUGUGGCAGAAGCAUAUGAUCCUUUCGUUAGUGCAAUAACUGGAGCUGUUCCACCAUCCGUGACUCCCACAAUUUCUAAAGGAAAUCAAUGCUAUCUUGUCCCUAACAGUGUAAACGAGAUAUUUCCUUCAGUCAGUCUAAAUUUUGCUGGUGAUGCAUCAAUGGUGUUAAAACCAGAAGAGUACCUUACACAUUUUGGUUUCUAUGAUGGUGCUGCAUUGUGGUGCAUGGGUUUUCAGAAAGCUCAGGGAGCAGGAUCAAUGCUAACAAUUUUAGGAGAUAUUGUUCUGAAGGAUAAGAUCUUUGUUUACGAUCUUGCUCAUCAACGGAUUGGUUGGACUAACUAUGAUUGUUCAUCAUCUGUAAAUGUGUCCAUUACUACCAGUAAGGAUGAGUUUAUAAAUCCAGGACAGCUGAGUUUGAGCACCUCAUCCCAAGACAUGCUCUUUAAGGUGCUACAGAUGAGCUUUGUGGCUUUUCUGAUGCACCUCAUUGAGUUCACAGAGUUCCAGUUUUUAUAAUUUAAACCUCAAGUUUGAGAAUUCAUUCUUUGUUCAGCAUCUGUUAGAUUGACCGAUCUUUAUUUAUGGUGAUCGGCAUGGCCUUUGUGCUGUUAAUCAGAUAACAAAGGCUUGUUCCUACAGUGUACCAUCCUUCACCAUCUCAGAUUGCUACUAAAUGGGUUACCUCUUCUCCUGGAUAGUGAGGCUUUCUCCCUGUAAAGGAUCUAUUCUCUUCUCCAUUGAAGGAACUGUACUUAUAUCUUCAUCCAAUGCAUCAUUGUCCACUUCACUCUUUGCGGCUGCUUCAAGUAGAAGUAAACUACGAAUGCCUUUUUUUCGUUCCUGUAGUUGCUGCUUUUGGUUCAGGAACAGGAAGGGUUGUGGAAAGCAUAUAUUGUUUCCAAUUUGUAUACUGCAUUGCUCCAUUGGUUAUACCCCAAAAAAUUCAUAUGUUGUAACCUUUCUAACCGUUGUGUCUAGCCAAAGGAAGAACUAUUGAUUGCUUUUGUAUUGACCAGUGAGCUGCUAUUAAUGAAAGUGAGUUUAUUGC